AUGGAUUCUGUCCUGGAGAACCUCCGACACUCCCUCCGACACCUCUUUGCUCGAGUUCUCAUUCAAUUGCUCCGCCUCGUGUACCCGCCCGUCGACGGAAUCUUCAAACGAGUCGAGGCCUCACCGGGUCUACCGGUAACGAACCCUCUACCGUCCUACUGGAUGCAGCCAGAGGCACCCAUCGCCAACCGCAAUGCAGACCCCAAUAUCCAACUCCCGGAGUACGCUGACAUCGUGAUAAUUGGAAGUGGAAUAACCGGUGCUGCUUUUGCCCGGACAAUUCUAGACCAAAAGUCAGGCCACGACCUUCAGGGGAAUCCUUUAAAAAUUGUAAUGCUGGACGCUCGGGAAACGUGUUCCGGUGCUACUGGAAGGAACGGAGGUCACAUUACGCCAAUCUUGUACCAGGAUUACAGCAAUCUGAAGAGAAAGCAUGGAAAGGAGGCUGCGAAGAAGAUUAUUCGAUUCCGACUAUCCCAUAUCAGCGAACUGUUGAGAGUCGCAGAGGAGGAGGGAUUGUUGGAUGAUUCCCAAGGUCGUCGAGUUGAAGCCUUCGAUGUGUUCUUCGACAAGCGUCAAUUUGCGGAAGCAAAAGAAAUGUUGAAUGAAUAUCGUAAGGAUCUUCCCGAAGAGAGUGCGGAGUACAGGGUUUAUGAGAGCGCUGAGGAGCUGAGGGCUUUGCAACUUUCCCAAUCGAUCGCAGGCUGUCUUUCGACGCCAGCUGGUUCCAUUCACCCAUACCGACUGGUGACUGGGAUUCUUUCUCGGUUACUGGCUUCUUAUCCAACUAGCUUCGACCUAUUCUCUCACACGCCAUGUAUUGGUAUCAGCGCGCUUGACGCGACUGACAACUGCUACACGGUGACAACGCCUCGAGGAUCGAUACGAGUUCGACAUGUCAUUCAUGCGACCAAUGGGUGGGUCUCUCAUCUUCUCCCGGGUCUGCGGGGACGGAUUGUUCCCUCUCGUGGAGUUAUGACUGCGCAGCUCCCCCGGCCUGGACUCGGUGAUCCAACACCAGCGGACACUAAAGACAAGACACCCACGUCGUCAUCCGCCUCGUGGACGGGAAGACGCUCGUUCGUUAUCUAUCCACGUUCGACGGUCACGGCAUACGAUUAUCUCACCCAGCAACUUCCUUCGACUGGGCCGUCGACAUCUUAUCCUCAACCCCGAGGUGAAUUCAUGUUCGGCGGCGGAUUCGCGGAUGCGAUUACAACCGAUCUGGGGUGCACAGACGAUAGAGAGUAUACAUCCAAGACAAAGGAGUAUCUUUCUACCGCACUGCGAGGUGUCUUCUCCAUCACCCCCGACGGAGCGAAGGAGGGCAAGGAAGAGUUACUCGCCGCUUGGAGUGGUGUGUUGGGCUUUUCAGCCGACGAGAGGCCGUGGGUGGGGCGAAUACCUGCUAACGUGACGGGUCGAUCACCCGUGCAAGAAGAGAUGCGAUCACAUUCGUUGAAUUGCACUGGUAGUGACUCCCAGCAGCCAGUAUCAGGCCUCGCAGCCCCUGGCGAAUGGAUUGCGGCAGGGUACUCGGGAGAGGGGAUGGUGCAUGCCUGGAUGAGUGCGAAGGCUCUGGCGUACAUGGUACUCGGCUUGGACGCAGGGUCGAGCCCAGCGACAUGCGAGGCGGGGACUGAUAGUGAUAUCGGAGAGUGGUUCCCAGAAGUGUUCAGGAUAACGGAAGAACGGUGGAGGCAGGCCGAGUUUGAGGACCUGAUGGGCUCAUACCUUGUGCCAUAA